UGAUAUUUUCUGUCUCUUUUGUUACCUCGUUAUCGUGACUGGACACCGAGCCGAAUCUUCGAUCGACCACUCUGGAUCGACACUGGAUCGAAGUUAACUACACUGAAGUUAUCGAAAUAUGGACAUAUUCAAGAUAACGUUCAUUCUGACGGCGAUGACACUGGUCGCCUCGAACACCGAUACCGCGGAUCUACCGAAACCGAGCUACGCCAGAACGAUGCUGAAGGUAUCGCGAAGCCUUCCAGGCGAGACCGAAGAGUUGAAGGUGCGCACGAGCGAAGGGAACGUCGCCACACUGAUCGUGAAACGUAGGGAGAAAUCGGUGACGAACGAGACGAGGACCGCCAUUUUGGAGGAUUUCGAAAAUUCACACAAUUCCGGUAUAAUAACAACAAACGCGGAGAACGGGACGUAUCGGAACGCGUCGAUGAAAUCCGAGGCGAAGAGCAAAGAGGAGGUGAAGAGGCUGGAAGACGCGCAGAUAGAGCAACUGAGGGCGAAACUAUCGGACGGGGCGGAGGGGCGGAAAAGCUUGUCGAAACCUGGCAACGAAUCGGGGAGGGGGGACACGGACGAGAACGAUCGACCGCCUAUCGGCGAGAGGAAUAUCGAUUACGGGAACUGGACGCCUUUGGGUAUGGACGGAAGGGCCGUGGUCCAGCUCGAGGAAUCGAGCACCGAGGAGUACCAGAGUUGGAAACCUCUUCGAGCCAACUCGAAGACGAGCACCGCCGCCACCAUCACCACCAGCACCGCGACCAACGAGGAGAGGUCGAGCUACGCGAGGUUCGAUCCUGUCUUUCCUGCCGGUGGAUUGCUGUUGUCGCGUCAUUUUCAAGACAGAUCUCAGAGGAAGCUGGAGUUGGGGGAGCGGGGAGAGAGCGAGGAGGGGCCGCGGUACGCGUUCCUGACGCACCAGGUGCGCUCGUCGAGGACCAACAUCGGGGCGAACGCGUCCAAGAACAGGGAUGGAAAGAACGUGCCGGCUGAAGUUAUGGUCAGGUCGGAGAUAAACGUGAAAACGAACCCGAAGAGGUCGGCGAUGACGUUGGACGGGGAUGGUACACCCGUGAUCCACGGGAAAAGGGUCCCGGACGAGCCGAUAGACAAGAUUCAAACAUGGCGGAACGCUCGGGUGAUCAACAAUAAAUUGAUCCACGAUGGGGGGGAAGGGACGAUGGGGGAUUCCAACUUUUAUCCGACGGAGAACGUUUUGGAGAGGCAAAGGUUCGAGAGAUUCUUCCAGAACGUGAAUAGAAGGUACGGUAAAGAGUACGAGGAGGAAGGGAAGAACGUGUUCUUCGAAUGGGAUCCUAAGAAUUAUAAAAACGAGGCGUUGAAAGCGGAGGUGUACGAGGCGAGGACGGACGGCUACCGAAGCAACGGGCGCAAACGAAUGCUCCACCCUGACGGGGUGUCCGUCUACCCCGUGUCCCAGUUGUACACGCCCGAGAGCCAGAAGAUAGCGCCGAUCGCCCUGAAACCGGGCGCAAGGGCGCCCGUCCUCCAAUACGCCCAUCCGGAAUUGGGCGUCCAACCGGCCAAGAUCGUGAAGAACGAGAAGAAACGGCCCGACAACUUCCCGGAGAAUCAAUACUCGUUCACGGAGCAAAGGCAGAAGAAGAAAUACGUGUUGAACGACAAGAAUAUCGUCGACACUUACACAACGAAGAACUAUUAUCCGAAUCAACAUUUCUACGGGUUGAAGAGGCCGAGCGACGCACCGUUCUGGGUGAAAAUCUCCGAGAACUUGAAGAAUCAAUUCUCGAACAGCGUGGAGAAGAUGUCGCAAUUCACGAAACCUGUGAUCGAUCCCCUGGUGGAGGCGACCCAUAAAAUUUCCCAAAACUUGGGCCUCUCGAACGGGGGGAAGGAGGCCCAGGACAAGGUCGGCACGGUCGCAUCCGGCACCACAAGCAUCCUGAUUCCGGCGCUUGGCCUCGUUGCAUCGGGCGCAGCUCUUGGGAUCGGAGCGGUCGCCGUCGGUAGAUACCUGGACGUGGACGUGUUGAAAAGGUCGGGCGACGCGAUGACAGGGACCGAGAUCGAGUAUCGAAGGGCUUUGGACGAGGGGGCGGGGGGCGGGGAACGAGAGAACGGUGAUAAAAGCGGAGGCAAAACGAUAUACGACGGGGGCGUAUACUUGUUCGAGGAAGGGAAGGGCGAGGGGGACAAGGGGACGUCGAACGAUCGAAAUGGAGUUUUGUUGAUCGUCGAGGAAGAGGGUGGAGGAAAGGGGAGGGAGGACGGAGAGGAAAGGACGGAUUCGGAACGGAAUUUAAGAAGGAGACGGAGCCUCAAUUAUUUGGACGUGUUCCAGGCGGAGGGGAAUUUGAAAAAUUUGAUCAGGAACAAACGUCUUCAACGAAAGGGAGCCGAUUCGAUCAGCGAGAUCGUGGAGAUAGAUCUUCCAGCACGCGAGGGAAGCAUAGACGUGACGGAGUUUCUCGUCCCGAGGAGAAAGAUCGGGACGGAUCGGGUUGAGUCCUCCCCGAACGAGGAGGAGGAUUCCGCCAUUUUGAUAAUCGACAGUGGCUCCACGCUGGCUAAAUUUCUUCCCAACAACGAUUCGAAAGAUUCGGACUCGAAGAACUCUGUGGAGGACGAGGAGAGAAAUUCGGUGGACGGGAGGGACGAGAGACGAAGGAGGAGGAGGAGGAGGAGGAGGAGCGUAGAAAGCGAUCAGGAACUGGAGGAUGCGCUUCAGAAUUUGGAGAACGCCGAGAUCGCGGAGGUGGCCCACAUAGAUGGAGACUGGACGAAUACGCCUUGUGCGAAGAGGAUAUUUUGCGACACCAUGAUCCAGAGAGGGCCAGACGCUGUUAUCACGAUGGAGAAGAAAAUGGCCGCCCUUUUGGGCCUAAUUCAACCAGGUGCAGCUAUCCAAGUGUCGAGCCAUUUUCAACAGGUGAUGGACGCGGUGCGAAGACACGAUUGUUCCAGCUUCCUGUGCCCCCAGGCCAGGCCCGGGAACGUCUUCUUCUAGAUCCCUCUUCUAGAUCUUCGACUUCCCCACCUCCUGGAGGAAAGCGGAAAUGAUAAAUCGUCGAUUUCACGAACGGGUUCGGUGAAAGCGUUCGAACACUUCGACAGACUUGCUCUCCUCCUUCUCGAAAAUUUCUCAUGGAAAUUUUUCUCCCGAUCGCAAAGAAUCGCAAGAAAAUUUUUGAAAAAAAAAUUCGUGGGGCAAAGCGAGUCGAGAUCGCACCAGCCAAAAUAUGUACAUAUUUACCACUUUUAUAUUAUUUAAUAUAAAUCUGUGUAAUUUAAGAGACAUUAGAGACAUUUUUAAAUACAUUUUACUCGGAGGACCUGAUCGCGUAAGUUAUCUCAAAUUUCACCUAGAUUCUCUCCUAUUAUGUUAUAGAACGAAAUCAUUUCGAUCAUAUAUUUUCCACUUAUUAUAUCGCAUAUCUUUUUUUUUUAGGUCAAAUUUGAGUACUCGUUUUGGGGUCUUGUCUUUUUUUUUUAUUCUAAACGGAUUUUUCUCGAGGGAUCGACAAUCCGAUUUCUCGAGAAAAUCGACGGGCAAUACGGUUGUAGUACAUCUUAUUUAUUUUUAUUUUUAUUUUUAUUAUAUCUCAUCCAUAAUACGACCAUUUUUUUAAUCCGCGUGAUAAAAAGUAAAUUAUUAUAUUAUAUCUUCUUUCCAAUCACCGGAUUCGUUACUUAAUUCUGCCGUUCUUUAACGAUUGUAAAUAAUUUAUGGUAUAAAUGAUAAAUAUUAUUACGAGAAAGAAUUUCAUCCGAUUUUGUACGCAAUUUGCAAUAUCUAUCGAAUAAACUAAUUUAUAACAUAUUACACAAAAUAUCGUCGAUUCCUUCUUCUUCGACCUCCUCCAAUAAAAACAACUUCCAUUUUUAUCCUCGUCCCAUUGAAUUCUGAGAGAAUAAAUUUCCCCAAAUUUCUCGAAGCUUCUUAUUAAGAAAAAGAAAAAGAUGGAGUAUUGCCAAAAUAAAAGUUAUUCGAUGUCUUCUUACAAUGCCGCUUCUUCUUAAUAACCGGCAUUCAAAGACAUUCCAUUCGUUGGAACGUGAGAUCGAUUAAAAGGGGAGAAAUUUGCCUGCGCGAAACUUGGAACUCGGAUAGUUCGCAACAUUUUCCACGAGGGGUGAGUUCCUUCGCAGUUUUCACGAUUUUAUAUUCACGAUAAUUUUAAAUCGAGCAUAAAUAAAUAUUGAAUGAGAGUCACUAUUCGAACGCAAAGGGUUUAAUCCUUUGCACUCCAGGUCUGUUUCGUUCGAAGCAGCAACUCGAAUCACAUGUUCAGUGCAUUCGGUGGAAUUUCUUAGAGCUAAUUUAUAAUGAUUUCGCACACAAAUUAACGCAUAAAACUUUUAAUAUUUUAUGUAUCUUUAUAUAUAAAGAAACGAAAUUUAUCGAAUAUUAAAAUCUAUAUUGUUUUGUGUGAUAUUUUAUGAAGCAAUUAUCGAGAUGCAUCCUCGGUUUGUCGGGGCAAGUAGAGUACUUUUCCUUCUAACUUUUUUAUCGUAUAAUUAUUUGUUUCUCACUAUUUCAUUAAUAAGUUCAUCGGUAAAAAAUAGUUUAAAAAAAUCUAAUGGUUCAUUUAUAUUCGAAGAUACUCGCGGUCCUACAAAUUUUUCACCUGGCACAAAUCGUAUUCUUCGCGAUAUAUUUUCCGAUUCUAUGCGUGUUAUCCAUCUGGAAUUUUCCGUGUUUUUCGCGAUAUCUUCACUUGAUUGCUUUCGCAUUCGCUAUCCAUUAUUCUUAUUUUUCCCCCUCUUAUACCUCUUAUUUCAUCUCUGUGUUCAUCACCGCUUUCUCUAUCGUUAAUUUCUUUACGAAUAAAAGUAAUUUUGUCAUUCUAUAACGAAAAAUCAAACUCA